AAAUAUAAGAAAUGUAAAGAAGAUGUAAUAUUGAUGUUAAAGACAGUAACUGGGGAGAAAGAGGAAGAGAUUCAAGAGAAUUUAGGAUUUUAUCAGGCGAAUAUCUCGGGAUUAUCAGACGAACUUCAAAAACUUAAAGAGAAUUUAUAUGAAUUAAGUCCAAGGGAGAGGAAAGAAGCUGAAAUAAAAGCUGAAAUGGAAAGAAAAAAAGAGGAAGAGAAACGAAGAAUUGAAGAGGAAAAAAUCCAACAAGAAAUAGAACGAGAGAAACGAAGAGAAAAACGAGAAAAAAUAAUCAAUGAAAUUAUCGACACUGAAAAAAUAUUUUUACAAUAUCUUCAACUUACCAUGGAGACGUUUCUUGGACCUGAGGCAGACAAGGUAAGAUUACUUCACUCUGGUUUUCUUGGACCUGAGACAGACAAGGUAAGAUUACUUCACUCUGGUUUUCUUGGACCUGAGACAGACAAGGUAAGAUUAAUUCACUCUGGUUUUCUUGGACCUGAGGCAGACAAGGUAAGAUUACUUCACUCUGGUUUUCUUGGACCUGAGACAGACAAGGUAAGAUUAAUUCACUCUGGUUUUCUUGGACCUGAGACAGACAAGGUAAGAUUACUUCACUCUGGUUUUCUUGGACCUGAGACAGACAAGGUAAGAUUACUUCACUCUGGUUUUCUUGGACCUGAGACAGACAAGGUAAGAUUACUUCACUCUGGUUUUCUUGGACCUGAGACAGACAAG